AUGAACAUAUCAGUAAAUGGACAGUCACAAGUGCCUCCUGGCUUUAGGUUUCACCCGACUGAGGAAGAGCUCUUGCAGUAUUACCUCCGCAAAAAAAUAUCUAACAUCAAGAUUGAUCUCGAUGUUAUUCGUGAUGUUGAUCUCAACAAGCUCGAGCCCUGGGAUAUUCAAGAGAUGUGUAAGAUUGGAACAACGCCACAAAACGAUUGGUACUUCUUUAGCCACAAGGACAAGAAGUAUCCCACGGGAACAAGAACCAACCGAGCUACCACGGUCGGGUUUUGGAAAGCAACGGGACGUGACAAGAUCAUAUACAGCAAUGGCGAUAGGAUCGGUAUGCGGAAAACACUUGUCUUCUACAAAGGUCGAGCCCCACAUGGUCAAAAAUCAGACUGGAUCAUGCAUGAGUAUAGACUCGACGAGAAUGUACUAGUCUCCUCCUCGAAUCUUGACGAUGACGUCACUCUAGAAACGUGUGAAGUCAUAGGAGGAGGAGGAGGAGACGAAGGAUGGGUGGUGUGUCGUGUUUUCAUGAAGAAGAGUCUUUGCAAAACUGUAGUCAGCAGCCCGCCGAGAUUGAUGAAAACGCCGCCGUUCAAUGAGGAGACUAUCGAGCAAUUUCUUGAAGUUAUGGGGCAGUCUUGUAAAGAAGAGACCAUCUUAGACCCUUUCUUGAAACUUCCCAACCUCGAGUGCCCUAACAACACCGUCGCGAGUUACCAGCGGUUGAUGGACGACCAAGUCAACAGCUGCCACGUUGGUAAAUCUGUGGACCCCAGCCUCGUCACUAGCUGGGCUGCUUUGGAUCGUCUCGUUGCCUCGCAGCUAAAUGGGCCCAACUCAUGUUAUGAGAUCCCACAAUCACCGUUCCAUGGACUAAACCGGCCCGGUUCUUACAAUACUGGUUUGAAUCCUGAUUAUUAUAUACCAGAGAUGGAAAUAUGGAACGACGACGUCAUCGUCCAACCAAUUGUGUCACAUGUCCGACAUUAGUGAAUAACGGAAAAUGAAAGAGGAAGUGAUUACUAAUUACCAAAACAAAAACAAAAAAAACAUUGUGUAGAAAGAUGUAAUAAUCAUAUCAUAGUUGUUGAAACAUUUAAGAAAAACGGUCAGACUUGUAAUAAUUACAGUGG